CUGUUCAAAUAUUUGUUGGAUAUUGAAUUUUCAAAUUUUCAUGUUGGCUGUAGCUUUCUCUGUUUGCUGAAUCAAUAUAUGAGAUGCUUUAUUAUGAAAUGGGUCUCCGGCUCUUGAGUUUCCUUCAGGACCUGCGCAUUAAAUUUGUUAUCAAGAGAAACCAACGGAAAAGGGAGAGGGAGGAAGCAUCUAAGAAGGAAAGUGAGGAAAAACCAUUGACGAAGCGUGCAAAAACAGAAGAGUGUGUGGAUGAUACUGAAUUAACUGGUGUGGAAAAGCAAAAUAAAACUAAUCCAGAUGAAAAAAUGGCCACUGUUAAGGAAGAGCCUAGCUCACCUGUCAAGACUCAAGACACUAAGAUGACACAAGAUGAAGCUGUGCAUAAUGAGAGUGAUGAGGAUGAAGAUCCAGAGGAAGAUCCUGAGGAAGAAAAUGUAGAAGAUGUAGAAAUGCCUGAUGCGGACCCCCAGAAUGAUGCAGAUCAGGAAAAUGUUGAAGGCAGAACUAAUACUGAUUCCAAGAGUGAAAAUGUUGCUGAGGAUGAGAAACCGGCAAUGGGUGUGGAAGCUUCUAAACUAAAUGCAGAUCUUGAUAUUGGCAGCAAAGAUAAUAAGAUAAUUAAGGUGGAGACAGAGGCAAAGGGAGCUCAGGGAGAGGUUAACAAGGAUUUAUUGCAGGCUUUCAGGUUUUUUGAUCGAAACCGAGUAGGGCACAUAAGGGUAGCAGAUCUGAGGCUAAUAAUCCAUAAUUUAGGGAGGUCACUCUCAAACCGGGAUGUCAAGGAUUUGGUCAUGAGCGCUCUUCUGGAGAGCAAUACAGGGAGAGACGACCGCAUUUUAUACGGCAAGUUGGUCAAGAUGUCCUUUUGAACAGCUCAGAAUUGGAACAAAAAACAUAAAAAUAUUUCUCUAUUUAGUUUUCUCAGAUAGAGAACUCUUAGGUGUUGCCGUUGGGUUAGCUUUUUAAUUUUCUGAACCAAGUUGAUUGAAAGCCUUCAUGGCAUGAUAUUAUCAAACCAAAAUUGACUCUUUUUCCUGCUAGCUACUAACCUAGCAUGGGUUUGUGUUCUAUAAAAGAAUUUGGGCUAAUUAGCACCCCAUGUUGCCAAUCCCCUCGGAUGUAACCAAAAAACAUUGAUACUUGUCUGAUUCAAAAAAAUGUGCACCACAUAUUGUGGACAUAUCUUUUGAAUAAA